UUUUACUGAUUUCUUCCCCCACCAUUCUAAGCAGAACAGAAAUCCUCCCCUUUCUUGGCUAGCCUUCAUCUCUCUUCAGAUCAGCCGAGCUGCUUCACUUGAUCAAGGAAACAUAUGAGGAUCUGGUAUCAGCAAUGUAUCUUCGAAUUUUCAUCGCCCUGAUGCUGGGAACAUCGCCGGUGUUGGCCGCUGCUUCUGAAACAAACACUUGCCCAGUAAUGGCAUGCGGCAACCCAGGAAUCCCCGGUUUACCUGGAAGAGAUGGGAAAGAUGGUGCCAAAGGAGAGAAGGGAGACCAAGGAGUCGAAGUAAGGGGCCAACAGGGUUUUCCUGGGAAGGCGGGGCCUCCAGGGCCACCUGGAAUUGCAGGGCCCCCAGGCCAGAAAGGAGAAAAGGGAGAAAUGGCAGGCAUUACUUCCACUCAACAACAAGAAACUGCUUUGGAAAAGAAAAUGCAGACUCUUCAAGAUGACCUUACCAAGUAUAAAAAGAUUGUGAUGUUGCAGCAUGUGAAAGUCGGAGAGAAAAUUUUUGUUUCAACUGGUCAAGAAGUAAAUUUCUCCAGUGGGAAAAGACUGUGUGAAAAUGGAGGUGCAGCUCUUGCCGCCCCGAAGAACGCAGCAGAAAAUGCAGCCAUGGCAGAAAUAGUAAAGAGGAAUUCGAAGGUUGUUUUUCUCGGUAUCAACGAUAUCCAGACUGAAGGGAGAUUCGUGUAUCUGAAUGGGGCACCCCUAAGUUACACAAAUUGGAAACAAGGAGAGCCCAAUAACGCUGGUAAUAAGGAGGACUGUGUUAUUGUACUUGAGGAUGGACUGUGGAACGAUUUGGAUUGUGAACGGAAAACACUGGUUGUUUGUGAACUGAGCCUGUCAGAGCUCUCGUGCCUCCUUACUGUAGCCAGGCAAGCCAAGCACUUACUGGGCUUUGAGAAAGUGCCCUCCUCGGCUGCACGCCCAAUGUGGCUGCAUCGCUCAUACUGCCCUACAUCUGCUUCUGCGACAGCUGGUGAAAAUGCCCAGCAUGUUAUCAGAGGUUCACAUUCCAGGGAUUCAGAGGCAAAAGGAGAUAUCACACCCCACUUCUGGGCUCAAGAACAGGCUGCUCAGGUGGCAGGAGCCCUGGCUUCUCAGUCGACCGCCCACCCCGCCAAGAUUGUCGCAGAAAAGCCGCACGGAGGCCGCUGUCGAACGGCCGCCCCGCCAAAAUCGCCCCAGAAAGGCUGCGCGGAGGCCGCAGCCACCCCACAUGGUUACCUCCCCUGUAGAACGUCAGGACAGGGUUCUUCACUCCAUGUUCCUGCAGUGUGUUGCAGGAAACCAGUUCCAAAGGAUGAAAAGCAUGAUGUGUUAACUGUAAAGGGACUUAGUUUCAUCUGGUCAGAAAUGAAAGUCUUGUCCCAGUUCCUUCAUGCGGCAGUAGUAGUCUCUGUUUUUACGCUUCCAUGUCUUGGACAGGCAGGAGACAAAUGUGCAGGAGUUCCAGGCAUCCCAGGGACUCCGGGGUCAAGUGGGGUGCCUGGGAGAGAUGGACGUGAUGGGAUGAAAGGUGAUCCAGGACCACCAGGUCCCAUGGGCCCUCCUAAUGGUCUGCCAGGUGCUACUGGAAGAGAUGGACUUCCUGGUCCACAAGGGCCAAGAGGUGAACAAGGAGAAAAGGGGGAGAGAGGCCCAGAAGGCCGUCCUGCUUCUCUUGAUCCAGAAGUACAAGAAGUCCUCAGAAGUCUGAAUCAAAAAAUAUUGAGGCUUGAAGGAGUGCUUCUUCUCAAAGGAACGAUAAACAAAGCAGGACAGAAAAUAUUUGCCACCAAUGCACAGGUAGUUGAUUUCGAAACCAUACUUCAAACAUGCCAGAAUUCUGGGGGUUCUGUUGCAAAACCCAUGAAUGAAAAGGAGAAUGAGGCUAUUUUGGAGAUUGUGAAAGAGAAAAACCAAUAUGCCUACCUGGGAAUUAAGGAGAGCCCUGUUCCGCGCGAAUUUGAAUAUUUAGAUGGAAUGCCUGUCAAUUAUACAAACUGGCGUCGAUAUGAACCAAAUGGCAAGGGAGCUGAAAACUGUGUUGAGAUACAAACGGAUGGAUCCUGGAAUGACAAAAAAUGCAACCAGUAUCGUCUCACUAUCUGUGAAUUCUAGUCAGAUUCCUCUAUCUACAGUACAAGCCUAAACCAACAAAACUGCCUUGGCUUUUAGGAAUUGUGGUUCUGCAGAUAAAAAUCAGAUUAUUAUUUUUUCACCCACAUCUGCCACACAGAAUCAAGAAAAUUAGGAUUUCCAUGCUUAGGAACAUUUACAAAGAAUUUAUUUAAAAAGAUUUAUCUGUUAGAUCUAAAGCAAAGCAGAAUCAUUGAUGUUCAAAUGCAUAUUCAAAUAUAUUGAAAAUGAGUGUGAA